UGGUCUGGUGGUCCUGGUGCACUACGCCAUCACCCUGGAGGUGGACAGCGGCAGCGGCAUCGCCAACGACACGCUGGACUUCAUCUCCCUGCAGAACAACCUGGUGGAGAAGAACUACCCCGGAGCCGCCGAGCAGCCCACCGUUGUCUACACCAUCACUGACUUCCGCAACUACAUCACCGAGGCGCUGCACAAGGACAACUUCCUGUCCAACGGCAGCCUGGAGACGCAGCCCGACCUGCUGCAGCUGGAGAACGCGGAGAACUUGUUGCCGGAGGUGAAACCCACGAGUCGCCCAGCCGACGCCUUCGACAACAUGGAUAACGUCCUCGCUGCAGAGAAACCUCCCGACGCUCCGCUCCACGAGGCAGACAGCGGCGGCGUCUUCCUCAACAAAGAGGACUUCCUGUUCGACCCCUUUGACCAGUGGAAAGGUCCGCAGGGCGCCGAGCUGAGCGAGAAUGACGUCUUCAUGUUCGAUGAGAGCACGAGUCCUCCGACCCUCGAGAUCCCAGAGAAAACCGGCGACCUGCGGAGAGAGAAUGCUGGAAACUUUGAAGAUGAAGGAUUCCUGCUCAGCAACGAUCCCGUCGCCGCAGACCACACCCUCCGAGGAGACCACGGCGUUGUUCCUGGAGGCUCCACUGCAGCUGCACCGCCUCAGCCACUGAAACCUCAGACUGGCUCUGAAGCGACGCCUGACGAAGGAUCUGGCUCUGGGUUCUCUGGAGACGGGCAGGGAGCCGACCUCUGGUCCUGGCAGCCAGCGCCAACCUCUGGCUUCUACCAGGAGACUGAUGGCAGCCUGGAGGGGCUACCGCCCCCUGAUCUGGAGGAGACGGAGGACGAAGACGAGGACGUCGGUGUUGAGUCUCCAGCUACGGAGAAAGCAGAUGUAGUUGCGAUGGAAGUUGAGUUCACCGAUGCUCCCCCCAUGCAGACCACAGCAUCUGCUUUUGAGGAACCAGUGCUGGAUGGAGAUGUUGAGGAACCUUUCCUGGACCAGGUUUUGGUUACACCGCACAUCAGCACAGACCCUCGGUACUCAACCAGCACCAUAGCACCUGUGUUUUCACCCAAAGGAACCUUGACCGUUGAGCUUUCAGUAAAAACGGAGGAGGCAUCCACUAUCUAUGACUACUACUCCUCGACUGGACCACAGAUCACAGAUUCUCCUGAGCUGGAAGCUUUAACUCAUGAGGCCCCUGUUUUUGUCGGGCCAACUGAUUCAGCAUUUCGGCUUCCAGACACCGAAGAUGUAGAAACGACUACUGAAACAACAACAGAGCUUCCAGUGAUUACAGUUAAAUCAGAAGAAAUAGGAGAAGGAGGAGGUAAUAAGGAGGAGGUUGAAAUUACACCUGAAGUACCUGAUCUGGACACUUCCUCAACCGAAGAGUCCCCUUUCUUUGUUGAAGUCCAGGCAGUCACAAUCAAAGAAACCACUUUUGAUAUAGUCACAGAACCGCCUCCAGAACUCGAGAUACUCACGGAAAAACCAAAACUGCUGCCGCCAGAAACUGAAGACAAUGACGAGGUUGAGAUUUUGGAGGAGCAACACCUCGGCGGCGUUGAUUCUACGAGAACAACGGAGUCAGCAGUUGGCAUCCAAGAGGAGGAUCUGGUUGUGGAUGAAGUCAUGGUUGUCACCACAACGACUGCCACUCCAGUCCUCACUUCCUCUGUAAGUUUGGACCACAUUGCCCUGUCGCCUGAGAAGGACUCGCCGUUCACUCGAGUGUCAGAUUCGGCGCCGGAGGAUGAGGAUCACCAUGAGCACCCAAACCACGAAGACGUUGAAGCAGUUCCAAUGAACAAUCAAGAUUUGACGCCAUCAGUGGUUGUAAACAAAACAGAGCACACUCCAACAGAAGUCAUAGAAGCAUCGCCAGGCGACUCAGAAAGUAGCGAUUCCCUCCAAACGACAACCUCCGAGGUCCAACCCUUAGAGCACGAUUUCUCUGACGUACCAAGCAUCGACGUCAGCUUCGAUGUGUUCCAGUACGGCAGCAUGGCGACCGAGGCGGACAGCAGCGGCUUCUCCAGUGGGGCGCAGGGCUCAGAACUGGACACCCUCGCAUUCCCGACUCGUCCUGGCAGGGCGCUGACGGUGUUCUUCAGCCUCAGGGUGACCAACAUGGCGUUCUCCAUGGACCUCUUCAACAAGAGCUCGCCCGAGUACAAGGCCCUGGAGCAGCGGUUCCUGCAGCUGCUGGUUCCGUACCUUCAGUCCAACCUGAACAACUUCCAGAACCUGGAGAUCCUCAACUUCAGGAACGGCAGCAUCGUGGUGAACAGCAGGAUGAAGUUCGGGAAGCCGGUUCCCAGCGGGGUCACCAACGUGGUCUACCUCAUCCUGGAGGACUUCGCCAACACCGCCUACCACACGAUGAACCUGGCCAUCGACAAGUACUCGCUGGAUGUCGAAUCAGGUGACCAGGCGGAUCCGUGUAAGUUCCAGGCGUGUAACGAGUUCUCCAGGUGUAUGGUGAACAGGUGGUCAGGCGAGGCCGAGUGUGUGUGCGACGCCGGGUACCUGAGCGUGGACGGCCUGCCGUGUCAGAGCAUCUGUGAGGUGCAGUUCGACUUCUGCCUCAACGACGGCAAAUGUGACGUCAUCCCGGGCAAGGGCGCCAUCUGCAGGUGUCGAGUUGGAGAGAACUGGUGGUAUCGUGGUGAGCACUGUGAGGAGUACGUCUCCGAGCCACUGGUGGUCGGCAUCGCCAUCGCCUCGGUGGCCGGCUUCCUCAUGGUGGCGGCCGGGAUCAUCUUCUUCCUGGCAAGGACGCUGCGGGAGCAGUACGAUGGGGAGGACACAGAGGACCCUCUACGACGUGGCGACAGUGUGCCGACGCUGGAGCGAGCCACCAAAUUCAACCCCAUGUUUGAGAGCGACCCGGUGACCGCCCAGUACUAUCGCCGCUACGAUGACAACUUGCCCCAGUACAGCAGCUCCGUCGGCACCGAUGGAUCCAAAGACCUCAGCAGCGAGGAGAUACGACACAUCUACCAGAACACCACGCUCUCUAAAGAGGAGAUCCAGGAGCGGCUGAGGAUAAUCGAGCUUUGUGCCAGAGAUCAACACUUCGCAGACUUCGUGCGACAGACACAAGU